AUGACUACUGGCCCGGGCCUUGACGCUGCCAUGGGCCGACCGCGGCAGGACUCGUUUGUCAGCGCCGGCCCCAAGCCCAUCUCCAUGAACAUCCAGAACCGCGACAAUGUCAACAGGAAUCGUCGCGAGAGUCUCGCCGGCAGCCUCAUGGGCGGCGUGAGCUGGGGCGGCAUGUCCUUUGGCAGUUUUGUGAGGGACGAUAUCAUGAUGCAGGGAACCUCUCCGUUCACCGGCGGCGCCCACGCGUCUCCGUCAUUCCACUCUUCAUCUUACCUACCGAAGCUUGAGGCUAGUUUCAUGCGAGACUUCACAUGUUGCGGCAAGAUUCUGCCAAACUUACAUGACUUGCUGCAGCACUAUGAGGAGGCCCACACACAGGCCAGCCCCUCUGCUACGCGAAACAGUGCUUUCAACCAAUACGGCCAGCUAGGCAUUCAAGGAUCACCAAAGUUGCCGAACCCGAGGGCAACUCCAGGGCCUGGCCAAGGUCCGCAGCAACUGGGACAACAGCGCUCGAUCGGUGGCCCCGGACUCCAGCUGGGCGGGCCUCAGCGAGUUGGCACCUCCAUGCUUCAGAUGUCCACUUCCAUGAGCAACAAUCUCAAUGACGACAUGGAUGCCGUUGCAGAUAUGGAGAUGGAUGAUGCCAUUGGCGCCAUGGACAUGGACGACAGCCAAAAGAUGCAUCAGACUCGCCAGCUCUUCGGCCAACAGCAGCGACCACAGCUCAACAUGAACACCUCCGGCAUUACUCAAGGUCUCCGGACGUCACAGCCGCCCACCCCCGCAGCCGCCAGCUUUGGAUUCCAGAACAACCCCACUGUUUCCUCUGUCAAUACCCCUACCCUUACGACCCAGCAGCAGAUGCCGCAGCAGCAGCAACAGCAGGCCCAACAGGCCGGCAUGGGUGACAUGGAUGAAGACCUCCCUGGUAUGCCAAUGGGUGGCGACGCUACUGAUCUUGGCGACAUGACGUUUGGUAACGGCAACAACAACGCUAAUAGCGACUCUAAUUUCUGCAUUAACGAUCCCGGCAAGCAUUUGUUUAGCCCCAACGGCGCAUUCCCGCAAGGUAACCGAUCUAUACAAGCACAGCUCGCGCAGCUCGGCUUGACUAGCGGUCAGUUUGCGGACCCCGAGGCCAACAAGGCGCUGCUUGCCCGAUUGCAGAGCAUGAUGAUGCCGGAGGAACACAAGCCAUUCAAGUGCCCGGUCAUUGGCUGCGAGAAGGCGUACAAGAACCAAAAUGGACUGAAGUACCACAAAGCUCAUGGCCACCAAACCCAGCAACUGCACGAGAACGGUGACGGAACCUUUUCCAUCGUCAACCCGGAGACCAGUGCGCCUUACCCGGGUACUAUGGGUAUGGAAAAGGAGAAGCCGUUCAACUGCGAGACGUGCGGCAAACGCUACAAGAACCUCAACGGCUUGAAAUAUCAUAAAUCCCACUCUCUUCCUUGCAACCCCGAAUUUAAGCUUCAAGCUCUAGCCGCCGGUCUUAAUCUGCCAGGCAUUGGAGAAGACGUGAUGUUGCAGUGA